AUGCUGGUAGCAGGAAUCGAACCUGCGUCGACACGGCCACAACGUGAUGUACUGCCACUAUACUAUACCAGCACCCGCUGGCUUCGUUCUCCUAACCCCUUCAAACAAUGUAAACGCUGGGGUGAAUAUCUUGCUGCUAAGAAGGCAUUCCAAAAGGCUAUUCGUCGUCGGCGUCGUCAAAGCUGGAAACAGUUUUGUACCAAGAUGGCUACACAGCCUUUAGGUGAUACUACUGGUACGCUCAAGCGGAUUAUCCGUGGUCGUAGUCUCAGUGCUCCUUUUUCCCACCCUGAAGGUCCUGUUGCUGCUGCUUCUACUAUGGCCCAACACCUUCGUGGUAUCUAUGCUGGUGAUUCCCUGCUUCCAAACCGGCCUAAUGCUCCUCCUACUCCUCCUGUGCCUCAUUCUGUGGAUGAAUGUCCGUUUGAUGCCGAUGAUGUUGACUACUACUUAAGAAAGCGUUUGGCCAGGCGGCGUGCUCCUGGUGGGGGCCAUAUCCGUGCGGAAAUGCUCCUUCCCAUCCGUGAAUCUCUGGUGCCUGUACUUUACCUGUUGUUUCAGCUGUGCUGGCGUUGGUCUCGUACUCCUGCUUCUUGGCGAUUAGCACAGGUGGUGCCAAUUUACAAGAAGGGUGAUCCUCUUGAUCCUGGUAAUCAUAGACCCAUCUCUUUGACUUCUGUGUUUCGAAAGUUGUUGGAACGAUGCCUCUAUGAUCCUUUGGUGUCUUCUGCUCCUGCGUUGGAUGUGGUGCAAGGUGGUUUUCGUGAGCGUCGUGGUGCUCCUGAUCAGGCGCUCUGUCUACAUGAACUCUGUCUUCACCAUACUCUUGAUUAUGGUUCUCCUCCUGUUUUGGCUUUUCUGGAUAUCAAAUCUGCAUACGAUACGGUUGACAGAGCUGUCAUUUGGCGUGCUCUCGAAACGUAUGUAUCAGAUGCGAUGCUUGGUCUCCUUCAGCAUUUGUUUGAUGAGGUGUCUGUUCAGGUCUUGGUGUCUGGUGCUGUUUCUGAUGGUUUUUGGCCUGGUACUGGUGUGUUGCAGGGCUCCAUUUUGAGUCCUUUUCUUUACUCCGUGUACAUCAACUCUCUGCCUGCGGUGUUGCGUGCUCCAUUUAACCCUCGGGUGGUGGAGCGUCCUCCUCGUUUGUAUAACGGUCUUUGGAUCAAUAGUUUGAUGUAUGCUGAUGAUGUGGUGCUAAUUGGAACUGCCGAGUCUAUGCCUUUGUUACUUGCUCGUGUGGAAGCUCAUUCUGUGUCUCUGGGUUAUCGGUGGAACCCUCUGAAAUCUGUCGUCCUCAAUGCUGGUGUUGGUGGUGGUGCUACUGGUGUCUCUCCUGGUCUUGGUGCUGGUGUUUCUCUGUCUCUCUAUGGUCAAGCUAUACCUACUGCUCACUCUUUUACCUACCUUGGUUUGCCGUUCAAUGUGAAGGGUAGCUUGGACACCGAUCUCUUAUUGACUAGAAAUAGUCAAUCAGCGUUAGGUGCUAUGCGUGGUUUGCAAUCUCUUGGCCUUCAUUCUGCUGGUUUCUCCAAGCUCCUAUCUGCUAAACUGUAUGCGGCCUUUAUUCGGCCCAAACUUGAGUUUGGUCUGUCUAUUUCCUGGUUCUUGAAACGUCAUUUAAAGCUUUUGGAAAAAGCUCAAAAUCAGUGUCUCCGUCUGGCUUUUGGUGGCCAUCGUACCUCUUCCGUCGUGGUUUUUCGACAUCUAACCAAUCUUCCAACUAUGGAGGAACGUGUUGAUAUUCUGACUAGUAAAAUGCUCUGGCGGGUGCAUACGCAACUGCCUGGUGAUACUCUUCUUAUGGUUUUGGCUCCCUCUCUUGUGUCCUUCAAGCAUCGUUUGAACAAGUUGGCCGUCAAAAAUCCAAUCUGGGAUCCUACUUUUGCUGGUGGUGGUGCUGAUAAUUCUCUUGCUUUGGAUCGUCGUGGUCUUGCUGACAAGAUCAAGGUGUAUCGUCUUGAUUCCCUCCAAUGUCGGUUACAUCCUGCUCCUCCUGUUUCUCCUCCUGUUCUCCUCUCUGCUUGUCGUCCUUCACUCAUGGUGGAUCCCAUCCUGUAUCUUCCAAUGUCUGUGUUUGACCGUAGUCGUAUUCUCCGUUGGCGUAUGGGAUGGCUACCUGCUAGGCCAGUUCCAUGUCGCUGUGGUGCUCCUCACGCUAGCCGCAACCAUCUGCUAGAGUGUCUUGGUGUUGCUUCAAAGCUUUUGUUUACUGAUGAUCCUCUUGGUGCUGAUUAUUUGCCCAAUCCUCUGGACUUUUGGCUCAAUCGACUACCUCGUAUGCAACCUUCUGCCUCUAAACUCGUGUCGUCUCGCUCCUUUUGGUCUGUUCGCUGGCCUGUCAUGCUCCAAAUCUUUUUGGAUAUCGACAUGAUCUGUCAUCCUGAUGCUGAAUUUACUGGUAAAGCUCUGGACUCGUCUGGUUCUGCCUUUCUCGACUGGUUGACCCCGGUUUCCUCAACUACCUCUGUUUCGGGUACGCCUCCUAUCUCUUCCUCAGAUAGUGCUGGCAUUACUGCCGCUAUUCCACAUCUUUUGUCUCACUAA